AGAAUAAUACGAUUAUGUUAAAAGAAUCUUUACCAAAUCAUAUAGACUCAUUAAGUGCUGAUAAAAUGCAUUUACCAUUUGUGAUUACAUGUUUAAUUAUUGGUCUUUCUUAUAUUAUACUUUUAACGAUAUAUACCAUUUUAAAAAUAUGUCAAGGAUCUAAUAAAUUCCAUACAGACAAUCUUAUUCAUAAUUCAACAAAUUAUAUGUCAAAUAAUGAAGCACAACAAAAACAUUAUUCAUCAUUUUCAGCUUAUUCUACAACUUUAUUAAAUAAUUAUCAUAGGACAAGUUCACAAUCUCAAUUAGCUCGUUUAACAUGUCCUCAAAAAGUUUGUAUCAUGAUGUAUUUAUGUUUUCGGGUAUUUUAUACUUUUCUGUUCACUAUCAGUGUUGGAUUAUCAUUUAUUUUAAGUAUUGAAACUGAUGCUACUGUGGAGUUUACUUCAGCAGUAUAUAAUAAUCAUUUUAUUACAAUGAAUUCAUUUAAUAAUUAUAAUGAAAAUAUUGGUAGUAGAUUAAUUCUGCCAUCAGUGAUGAAUACAAUGACAUUGACAACGGAUAUAGGCAACAGAUGGCGUGGAGCUAAAGUAUGGGUAUUAGAAGCUGCUAGAAUGGAGGAUUUUUCUCAAACUGAAUUAUUAAGACAGACUCAAAAAGGGACAAGCCAAAUUUCAGACUGUGGUAAACAUUAUGAAGAUCAUAGUAAACAAUUGUCUAGAUAUAUGAUGUAUAUUGGUAAGAAACUAAUCAGCUGGUUUAGCCAAACAAGUACCAAAAAUGAAGUUUUCAAUCAUAAUGAUAUAAACGAAAAUUCAAUGAAUUAUCAUUCCGAUAACAAAAUUUUAUAUGAAGAUUCUAUCAGUCAAAUUGAACAUGAAAUGUACAAUAGUAAUAGUAAUAAUAAAUCUACACUCCAAUGGACAUCAAAUGGUGUAAAUAUUCAAAUACCUACUAUAGAACAAGAAACAUGGAAUCAUUUGGAACGUACCAGUUGGUUACCUUAUUUAGAUACAGUUGAUGAUUAUCUAAGAAAGACAAGAGAUGAUCUGGAUACGAAAGUUAUUGACUACUGGGCACCAUAUGAUCAACUUUUAGCUAAUCUUCUUACAAACCCAUGGCUUGCACCAGCAUAUAGGGCAUUAAAUACAUCAUGGUUACAAGAGAGGCGUAUAUCAUUCAUGGAUCGAACGUAUUUCGGUUUAGUAUCAAGUGAUUUUUACUCGGAAGAUGAAAACCAAUCGUCCAACGAUUUAACCGCUUUAAAUGGUGCCAGAGAAACACAUUCUUUAAUGCUAGCAAAUUUUAUUGGUGUUCCACAACCUGCACAUGCUCGUUUGGCUGGUACAAGAAUUUGGAAUAGUUUUCGUAAUCUAGUUCCAGGUUUGCCGAGCAAAUUCUAUUAUAAAUUAGAACCAAGUUCAUUAUCGUCAUCCUAUUCAUCAUCAGUUCUAAAUAAAGAUGUUGAAUUUCGAAGAAAGCCAAAAUUGUAUCAUGAUCAUCGACAAAUGUUAUCCAGUGAAGACUGGUACCAUAUUCCAAGUGGACAGUUGGAUUUAGAUGAAAAAUUGAAUGUUGACUCAUUUACUGAUCUAAAUGCACAAUUCUAUCCGUUUGCAACAACUGUUACGAAACGAAAUGGAAAUCCUUCAACAAUUGAUUCAAAUUCUUAUUUUUUAACAUUGACACAAGUUCGAUUAUUGUUAUUGUUAUUAGAUGCCAUUAUUAUAUUGUCUAGAUGUUUUCAAACAUUUGAAUUUAUGCAUAAUAUUUGGUUUGGUGAUAUAAAAUUAAUUAAUGCCAAUCAUUUAAUUCAUGAUCUAAAUGAUAAUUCACAAAUAAUGAUUGAUUCAUUUGAUCAUUCUAUGCAUCAUCAUUCACAACAAACACAACAAAUACAUAGUACUUAUAAUUCAAAUUAUCAUUAUCAACCUCAACUUCAAAUAAGAUCACCUAGACAUAUACAAUUAUCUAUAGGAUCUACACCAUUCUUACAUCCUGCAUCAUGCUCAUCAAAUUUACAUGAAUCAAAUCAUCAUUCAAUCUCUAAUGAGUUCCCCGCAUCAAUAGGCACAAAUCACAAUGAAGCAGUGAUUGUCAACCAACCUAUUCGUGUAAGUGAAUAUGAAAGAAAAUCUUCUACAGGGAUUAAAAUAACUCAAAACAAUCCACCAACACUGAAUUUUGAUAAUGGAACUGGACGUUUUACAGCUUGCUACUGUUGUCUUGAUGCUCAUUAUUUGCUAGUGAUAACUGGUAUUGGCUUAUUAUUUAUUGGACUAGUUUUAAUUUGGGCUACUGAUAGACAUGUUCGACCAGGAUGGCUUUUAGCAAAGACCGGUGUAUUAGCUCGAUCACGUGCACUUGAAGACUGUAGACAAAGAACAAAUGCUAUCUUGAAAACCAUUCAACCGAAUCAUAUAAAUAUGGAUUUGAUAAGAUCCGCUAAAAUUAACGCAGCUAAAGAAGCUUAUUGGAUCAAUCAAUUGACUAAUAGACUAGAGCAUGUACAAACACAGAUACAAUUACAGUUUAUCACAGAAUUAUGUUUACUGCAAAAAGGAUUGGUAAAUCAUUAUUAUGUCUUAGAUCAACAUGCUGUGAGAAUCCAUGUACCAGAGAUAAUGGAUACAAAUUCAACAUUUUCAGCUUGUGAACUAAUUGGUCCUAAUUUUCAGUUUACUGAACAAGCAUUAUUGAUUUUGUCUAACUGGAAGUUGGAUCCGCUAACAAAUAAACAAAUUAAACAUACACUAAAAACUCCAGUAUGUCAUUUCUCCCCAGUUGUUCCUGCUACUUAUGCUGAAAGUCAUCUAUCACGUUUAUUAAGAAUGACUAGUUUAAAUGAACAAUCACAUCAAAUGAACAAUAAAAAAACUAAUGAACAAAUUACCUCAAAUAAUAAUCAAACAGAAUCAAACAGUCAAGUUGAUGGAAAUCAAUUAGAUUUCAACUAUGAACAACUUACUACAUCAAUUGGAAGUUUGUCAACUUUAAUUAAUGCUAUAUAUCGUUUAUUAUUAACUAGUUUAACAGUAAUGAUGGCUAUGGGUGGAUUAUUAGUCUGUUUGCAUAUGAUUUCAAUAUUGGGACGUAUAAUAAUACUAAUUCCAGUACGUAAGAUUUAUUACACCACCAUCUACCCUCCUUGUACAUCUGUGAACAAUCCAUCUUGUUCACCUACUGUUUGCCAAACACGCAGUCAACAUUCAUGAUGUAUAAAACUAUGUAUUAUAAUAUACAAACUUCAUUAUCUGUACUAAAGAAAUACUCGAAAUGUUAAGCAAAACACGGAAGCAACUCUAUUUUGAAAAAAAAGUAUCAAUUCACAGCUUUUGACGUGAGUGAUACCGUACUCCACACACUUCCACUAUUCACACAACAGAGUUGGACUAAAACAAAACAAAACUCCUUUGUUUUGCUCAAUAUUAUAUUUAUCCUUGAACAAUGAUGAAACUAAGUAAAUAUAAUGACCGGAACCAAACGUGAAAAACUCCAAACCAAUAAGGUGGAC